UCACACUGACAAAAGAGUACUCGAUUCCAAAUCGUGGACUAAGAAAUUUUGAAUUUUCUGUAACAAGAGGAUUAGAUUCGAUUGUACGAUUCGGAAUCGAGCGAAUCAAAUGGAAGACGAUUCAUUUCUCCGGCAGUACCAGCCGUCGGAACUUAAGAUCGUUUCGGAAUUUCUGACGAAUUGGCUUCCUUUCUUAUCUAAAGAUCUAUGCAAGGACUGUAAUCACCUUCUCUCCAAUCGAAUCCGUUCUCUUGACCCAGGACUUUGUAGUAACACAGAUAAAGUUGAUGGAGAGUGUAAAACUGAUUCUUGUUCGGUGGUGGGAACUAUGGGAUCAGAAAGAGUUAGUAACAAUGUGGAUGGGAAGUCGGAAAAUGGCGAAGACUGUGAUAAUCAUCCGUUAGGUAGUUGGAAGGAGAGUGAAAUUGUAUUUGGUUCCAUUUCUGAAGUUUUGGGUAGUGUACUGCCCUCUAGACCAGCUGUUGUUGAAACAGCAAGCCCUCGGAUGUCUUGGGCUGAUAUGACACAAGAAGAUGAUGAGUUCGACGAGGAGGAGGAGGAGGAAGAGCAGAGGGAUUCGAGUAGGAAAGGUUUUGAUGCGAGUUCGAUGAGGACUCCAGUGAAGCCUAAGUUGUCUAGAGAUCAGAGAGAGAAUCUCAGGCUGAUGAAUGUGAAGAGAAAGAAAGACUUCAUUUGUUUGGAGAGAGUUAAGGGAAAGAUCGUUAAUGUGCUUGACGGACUUGAGUUGCACACUGGUGUUUUUAGCGCUGUGGAGCAGAAACGGAUUGUUGAUCAAGUGUAUCAACUUCAAGAGAAGGGACGAAAAGGAGAACUUAAAAAGCGUACAUUUACUGCUCCACAUAAGUGGAUGAGAGGCAAAGGACGUGAGACUAUACAAUUUGGCUGUUGUUACAAUUAUGCUCCAGACAGAGCUGGAAACCCACCGGGUAUCCUUCAACGUGAAGAAGUUGAUCCAUUGCCUCCUCUUUUCAAAGUAAUCAUAAGAAGGUUGAUUAAAUGGCAUGUACUGCCUCCAACUUGUGUGCCCGAUAGCUGCAUUGUAAACAUCUAUGAUGAAAGUGACUGCAUACCUCCGCACAUCGACAACCAUGACUUUCUGCGUCCGUUCUGCACCAUCUCUUUCCUCAGUGAAUGCGAUAUCCUCUUUGGCUCAAACCUGAAUGUUGAGGGUCCUGGUGAAUUCUCGGGUUCAUACUCAAUACCGCUUCCUGUGGGAUCAGUUCUGGUGUUAAAUGGAAAUGGAGCUGAUGUAGCUAAGCACUGUGUACCUGCAGUUCCCACAAAAAGAAUAUCAAUCACAUUUAGGAAAAUGGACGAGUCAAAACGCCCGGUUUGGUUCACCCCAGAGCCAGAUUUGCAAGGGAUCGAGCCAUUGCCAUUGGAGCUGAACCGCUCUGGCUCUGCUUCAAGGUCCUCAGGAUUAAACAACCAUAACAGCACUAACCGAAGAGGACAUGGACGUAGACGAGGAGGCAAUAGUUAUGAGUCAAGAGGUUACUAUAAUCCUGAGAGAAGCAGUGAACACAAUGACUCUGGAGACUGGCCAUCAAGCCAGAGAAGAGGAAUGCCACGUCCUAGUAGAAGAAACUAAGGUUAAAUUCUUCAACUUCUGAAGCUGAAAUUUAUAGGUUCUUUCUUUAUUUAACCAAUUUUCCAUAUUAUUAAUUUGUGCAACAUAUUUUACACAACGUUCUGAAUUUUAUUUUUUUAGAAUUCAAACAAUUUUUUAUGUCCGGGGUAGUUUUUUUUUUUUUUCCGAUUUUGAAUUUUUGACCGUAUUUGUAAUUGUGUAAAAUGUAUAAUAUCUACAGUUCGAUUUGUCAUUUGUGGUUUAGUGUGAAUUGUUAUGUGGAUUGUUUCGCUUUA